AUGGGAAAAUCAAUGUGUAGUCAUUUAAUGAAUUCCGGUUAUAAACUUAACAUAUACAACCGUACUAAAUCCAAAGCCGAAGACUUAAUAAAUAAAGGUGCCUAAUUUUUAAAUCCAAUAGAAGUCGCAAAAAAUUCUGAUCUAGUUUUCCUUAUGCUAGGUUACCCAAAAGACGUCGAAGAAACAGUUUUAGGUCCAUCUAGUAUACUCUUACAUAUGAAAAAAGGAUCGAUAUUGAUUGACCAUACUACAUCUUCCCCUUAAUUAGCCAUAAAAAUAGCUCAAGAAGGAUUAAAAUAUGAUGUUAAGAGUAUUGAUGCUCCUGUAAGUGGAGGAGACAUAGGCGCAAGAGAAGCCAGAUUGGCUAUUUUUGUAGGAGGAUAGGAAAAUGCAUUUAAUUAAAUUUUACCAGUCUUAUAAAAAUAUGGUACAAAUAUUUAACUUAUGGGAAAUAGUGGGGCUGGAUAACAUGCAAAACUCACAAAUUAAAUUUUGUUAGCGAGUAAUAUGUUAGGAACAGUUGAAGGACUUUUAUAUGCACAUAAAGUAGGAUUGGAUGUAGAAUAAGUUAUUGGAAUUAUCAAAACAGGAGCUGCUUCUUCUACUGCUUGGAGUGUUUUAGGUACUAGAAUGAUUAAUAGAGAUUUUGAUCCGGGAUUUUAUGUUGAGCAUUUUAUAAAAGAUAUGAAUAUCGCUUUAUAAGAAGCUGAAAAAGCGAAUUUAUGUUUACCAGGGCUUGGACUUGUAAGAUAGUUUUAUUAAGCUUUAGUAGCUUAAGGAGGUGCAUAUUUAGGGACUUAAGCUAUUAUUAAGGUUUUAGAAUAAAUGAAUGGGUUCGAAGUUCAUAAAAAAUAAAAAAAUUGA